AUGGAUAGGAAAAAUAAUCAAACAGAAAAAUUUCAUCAAACAUUUUCAAAUAUUAUUUAUUAUUUAUAUGCACUCAAUAGUAAAAAUGAAUUAUUGAAAAUUUUCAAAGAAAAAGCUCAUUUUAAAAUUGAUGAAAUUUUAAAUAUUAUAUCUAAAUUUUAUUCUGAUAAAAGUACAGCAAUAAAAAAUGAAUUAAAUGAAUUGAAAUUAUUUCUAAAACAAGUAAAAGAAUUUUCCGAUAGAAAUUUAACAAUUGAUGAUAUUAAAAAAUGGCUAAUUGAAUUUAAUAAAUUAGAAAAUAUUGAAGAGAAACAAAAAUGUUUACCAAAAUUAUUAGCCGUAAUUGAACAGGGAACAAAAAUUUACUAUUCAGAAAUAAAAUCACUUCGUCAUGUACAAAAAUUAACAAUUUUUGCAUUUAAUUUUAAUAAAAAAAAGUUAUUAUCACAAGUUUCAACUGGUGAAGGAAAAUCUUUAAUUGUUGCCACAAUUAUGAUAAUAAAAUGUUUACUAGGUGAAAAAGGUGAUAUUAUUACAAGUUCAUCCGAUUUAGCUGAACGUUAUGCAAAUGAUAAUGAAAAAUUAUAG